CCAGGGGUCAGGGCUUUUCAUCGUUGGUGAUUUCCCUCUAAAGGCUCAAGGGAAAUUAGUUGAAUAGGGCGGAACCCUCAGGAUAAACUUGAAUAUAACCUGUACUUGGAGAAAAUACUUGGCUUUCGAUCUGCUUUAGCUGGAACAGCAUGCCGACGCAGCUGGAGAAUGCGAUGGACACCUUAAUCAAGAUCUUUCAUCACUAUUCAGCAAAGGAAGGGGAUAAAUAUAAACUCAACAAAGGAGAACUCAAACAGCUCCUCACCAGCGAACUCACUGACUUCCUUUCGUGUCAAAAGGAUCCCCAGUUGGUUGAUAAGAUUAUGAAGGAUCUGGAUAGCAAUAAAGACAAUGAAGUGGAUUUUAAUGAAUUUGUGGUUCUGGUUGCUGCAUUAACUGUUGCAUGCAAUGAUUUCUUUGAAGAGCAAAUGAGGAAAAAGGGCGACUAGGAAACGGUUGCAAUGGACCUUUUGGACAUGGAAGAAAGUAGCUUCAACUGAAACAAUUUUUCACCUUUUGAUUUUCCCCAGUACUGGUGCUUGGCCUUCCCUUCUCCUCCACCAGCCCAAGCUAUCCUACCAAUGUUCUUUCAUCAGAUUCUUUCUGAUACUUGCAAACGUAAACAAUUUGUCCUUAAAUAAGAUGUGUUUAAAUACUAUCCACUUGUAGAUCAAGGUGCACAGCUGAAUAUUGUUUGUGUUACUUUUAUUAUUAUUAUUAUUAUUUUAUCUAUUAAAUUUAAUAGACCGCCCUACCCCCAAAGGGCUGAGGUAGGGCGGUCUACCUACAAUAAAACCAACAACAAGCAGUGACAAAACAUAAUACAACAAUAUAAAUCAAAAGGUGCAUUAAAAUCCAUUAAAACAGUAGUAGCAUCAUAAUUCAGAUGAACCAUAUUUAGGAUGGCGUCCAAACCCCAAACUACCUACCUUCUGCCCCCAGGGGAGGGGAUCGGCAGAUCGCCGCAGAUGGAAACCAGAUGGUACACGGGGCAUCAGGAGGGAGCGGACAAUCUGCGGCUAGCCUCCCCAAAGGCCCAGUGGAACAGCUCAGUUUUGCAGGCCCUGCAGAACUCACCAAGGUCCCACAGGGCACUAACAGCUGGAGGAAGAGCGUUCCACCAGGCAGGGGCCAGGGCCGAAAAAGCCCUGGCCUGGGUAGAGGCCAGCUGCAUCAUUGUGGGGCCCAGGAACCACCAAUAAAUUUGCCUCUGCAGAACGCAGAGGCCGAACUGGGACAUAUGGGGCAAGGUGGUCUCAUAGGUAUGAGGGCCCAGGCCACAAAGGGCCUUAAAGGUCAACACCAACACCUUGAAGAUGAUCCAGAAUUCCACUGGGAGCCAAUGCAAGUGGCGCAACAUGGGGGAGAUGUGGUCCAGAACCGAGCCAGCUGUGAGAAGGCGAGCCGCCACAUGUUGGACCAGCUUCAAUAUCUGGAUCAGCUGCAAGGGAAGGCCCGCGUAGAGCAACUUGCAAUAGUAUAACAUGGAGGUGACUGUUGCAUGGAUCACUGUGGCCAGGUCAGCCUGGAAGAGAUAGGGGGCCAGCCGCCGGGUCUGACGAAGUUGAAAGAAAACAACCUGGAGUGAAAGAAAGCAACCUUUAAUUUUGUAACCUGGAGUGUGGUACUGUAGGCAACCCCAUUUGCCAUAGGAAGGUGUUUCCAUUCCACUAUGUCCAACUGCAGAGGGCAUUCAGGGAGCCAUAGGAUAGCCAUUUAGAAGUUCAUAGGAUAGGAUAGACCAGGGGUGUCCAACUCUGGUGCUUCAGAUAUUCAUGGACUACAAUUCACAUCACGUCAUGCCAGCAGGAGCUGAUGGGAAUUGUCGUUCAUGAACAUCUGAAGUGCCAGAGUUGGACACCUCUGGGAUAGCCAUUUAGAAGUUAAUUGUGCAGUGAGCUUAAGCACACCAUUACUCACACCCCAUUGCUUCUCCAUAUUUCUGAAUAACUGUGGACAGCUAGUCAUGGUGGGUUAACUCUAUUGUGAGACUCUCCAGAUGACUGCCCUAUUUUCUGUGGUACAGGCAUCAUGCUACAAAGUUUGAGAAAGUAAGCACAGAACUCCUCGUUAUUUGAAUCAGUCGGUAGUGCAGAGCUUCAAAUGUUACCAGCAAAUGGCAAUAGAACUAGUAAGAAUAUUUUGUCAAACAUGAUGCAAAGGAGAGAGCGAUGUCAGAAGAACACCUUCUAAAAGUUUCACCUGGGCAGGGACCAGAUUGACUUAGGUGUUGAUGGUAGUCUUGUCCAUUACAGGUCAUAGUGUCUGAUAGGAUUCCUGUGUCUCCCAAUCUGCUGCAAUGCAUUUGCCAACUUUUUUCUAUGAGGUUCACCAAAAUAAUUAUGUCUUUGUUUGAGACAAGCCUACCAUCUUAUUCACCUGACCCAGAAGCCUUCUUUCUUCCAAUUUCCCUGCUUUACAUUAUUAUGAACCAACACUUCUAGCCAUAUAAUCAUCCUCUCAAAAGAUUGCCUUCGUCCACUGGGGAACCAUUUUUAGAAUUUGGUGAGUAGAAUAAUCUGUUAUUUUAAGGAUGGCCCAAAUUCUGUUGAACUAUUUUUUCUCCCAUUGGCAUUUUGUAAUUUUUGUGCUUCAUUAAAACUACCACAAAAGUAAGCUACAAUAAAUGGAAAUGAAUCAAA